GACUCAGUCUGACCCCUCCGAGAGAAUAUCUUUGCCCGCAAUGGCGGAAAAUCUAUGUUCCCUGCCCCGCGAAAGACAGCGGGCGAAACUUUGGAAGAUCAGAAAGUUCCUGAUUCAAGCAUCUUGAAUCAUACAGUCAGUGGGCGCAUCUCGAGCAGAAAUGAUCUUGAUUUUAUUUCGCGAUAGCUGAAUUGGCGUUCCAUGUGUGUAGCUAGCUACGUCAUUGGUUUGCACUCCAACUUGGCUCAUGGGGCUGUUAUAUAAGCUGCCACAAAACAUCACGCUCUUAAAUUGCUAGGCGGGCUCUUUCCGACCAUUGAUUCUUUCAUUCCUCCUUAUAUGUUAUUUUGUUAACAAUGGUUGCCACUGACAAGUCCGAGCACCUUUGCGAAGAGGAGAAACGCCUACAUGAGGAUCGAAAGCGAGUAAAGUACUGGAAGAAAUGGGGCCCAUAUGUCUCAGAAAGGCAGUGGGCAACUGUUCGUGAGGACUACUCCGCGGACGGAGAUGCAUGGAGUUACUUCCCUCAUGAUCAUGCUAGGUCGAGAACAUUCCGUUGGGGGGAAGACGGAAUUGCUGGAGUAUCAGAUACCCACGGCCUACAGAAUAUAGCAUUUGCGUUCUGGAAUGAGAAAGACGAUUUUCUUAAGGAGAGGCUCUUUGGCCUAUCAAACCCGCAAGGAAACCAUGGCGAGAGCAUCAAAGAAGCCCAUUUUCAUUUGGAUAAUACUCCAACGCAUUCCUACAUGAAAUACCUGUACAAAUAUCCGCAAAAGAAAUUCCCCUAUAAAAACCUUGUGGAGGAAAAUGCAAGGCGUGGGAAACAGGACAGGGAGUACCAGAUUCUUGACACAGGCAUUUUUGAUGAUAACCGGUAUUGGGAUAUCUUCAUUGAGACAGCAAAGGAAGAUGAAGACGAAUUGCUCUUUCGUGUCAUUGCAUACAACCGAGGCCCGGAACCCGCUCCGCUACACAUCAUUCCACACGUUUGGUUCAGGAACACAUGGGGAUGGGGCCGCGAGAACGGUAAAAAGCCGUCACUCAAGCAAAUCGACCCAUUAAUGGUCCAGUCAGACCACUCCAAGCUUGGUACUCGAUACAUUCAACUAUCACCAUCACCUUCUCCCAUUGCCGAUACCACAGAGAACGUCAUGCCUCGUUCUCUGUUCACCGAAAACGAAACCAAUACCAAAUUACUAUACGGUAAAGAUAAUGACCAACCAUACGUCAAGGAUGCCUUCCAUCGGUAUAUAGUUGACGAUGAAAAGGAAGCCAUAAACCCGGAGUGUCAGGGCACUAAGUUUGCGGCAUGGUAUGCUUUCGACGAAGGAGAUGGUGUCCCUCCCGGGGAAUGUGCUGUCGUUCGAUUCCGCAUAUCCAAAAACAAUGAUAUCUACGUGGAUGAAGAGGUUUUGGAUAACAUUAUCGAAAAGCGCAUUGAGGAAGCAGACGAAUUCUACUACCGAAUCAGUCCCUUGCCGAUGACGGAUGAUUUGAGGAAUAUUCAGAGGCAAGCUCUUUCGGGGAUGAUGUGGACAAAACAACAUUAUGAAUUUAUAUGGGACCAAUGGGCAGAAGGCGACCCCGGCCUCCCGCCUCCACCACCGGAACGGAAAGCAGUUCGUAACCAGAAGUGGAAACAUCUACAUAUCGAUGAUGUUUUGUCCAUGCCUGACUCAUGGGAGUACCCUUUCUUCGCUGCGUGGGAUACUGCUUUUCAUUGCAUUCCCCUUGCUAUGGUGGAUCCCGAAUUUGCUAAGAAGCAGCUUGACCUCCUUACAAGGGAAUGGUACAUGCACCCUAAUGGACAGAUUCCUGCCUACGAAUGGAAUUUUGGAGAUGUUAACCCUCCUGUUCACGCCUGGGCAGUUUUCCGGAUAUUCAAAAUUGAAAGAAAAAUGUAUGGGCGACAAGACCUAGAUUUCUUGGAAAGGGUGUUUCAGAAACUGCUCAUGAAUUUCACAUGGUGGGUUAACAGAAAGGAUUUUGAAGGCAAGAACGUUUUCGAGGGCGGUUUCCUAGGCUUGGAUAAUAUUGGUCUUUUUAAUAGAUCCGAGCCGCUGCCAACAGGAGGUGUCCUUGAACAGGCCGACAGUACUGGAUGGAUGGCAUUUUACUGUCUGUCGAUGCUUAACAUCGCAUUGGAAUUGGCAAAGCACCGAAGGAUAUAUGAAGACAUUGCGUCGAAAUUUUUCGAGCAUUUUAUCCUGAUUAGUGAUGCGAUGACUUUCAGGGUCGGAGACGAGCAAUCGUCUCUAUGGAACGAAGAGGAUGGGUUCUAUUACGAUGCCAUUUCCUAUGGAGGCCCGUGGAGCCAUCAAUUGCCCGUCCGAUCCCUCGUGGGAUUAAUCCCCCUCUAUGCGGUGCUUACCUUAGAACCGGAGCUUAUCAACAAGUUUCCUGAUUUCAAGCGACGCAUGAAUUGGUUUAUUGAUAACAAAUUCGACGUCGCUGAACGCAACAUAGCCAGCAUGAAGCGUCGCGGUAAGGACGACCGGCUACUCCUCUCCCUAGUGAGCAAAGAGAGAUUGGAGAAGAUUCUUAAACGAAUGCUUGACGAAACCGAAUUUCUUGCGGAACAUGGAAUACGCUCCCUGUCGAAAUAUCAUGCUGAACACCCUUAUUCUAUGGAAGUGAAUGGCCAGGAGUUUAAAGUGGGAUAUGUACCCGGCGAUUCUGACAGCGGGCUUUUUGGCGGCAAUAGUAACUGGAGGGGUCCAAUCUGGCUCUGUGUCAAUUUUUUGUUGAUCGAAUCACUUCUGCGGUUUCAUAUGUUUUACGGGGAUUCCUUCCAGGUUGAAUGCCCAACUGGCUCUGGAGACUAUAUGAGUCUGGGCCAUGUGGCUGAAGAAAUCCAACAUCGUUUGCAGCAUCUCUUUGUCAGGGGAGAUAAUGAUCGCAGGGCUGUCAAUGAUGGAAACGAUACCCUUGACUUUGACCCGCACUGGAAGGAUUACCUCUGGUUCCACGAAUUUUUCGAUGCUGAUACUGGAAGAGGCCUCGGGGCAUCUCAUCAGUGCGGCUGGACUGGCCUGAUCGCAAAGAUUAUACAUGAUACCGGAGUUACAUGCCGCCUCCCACACACUCCGCGAACUCCCACUACGGCUGCAGCGCAUUAUUUCGACGACAUAUUCUCCCGUUUCUCAAAACCCCGUCGCUCCAAGUCUCCUAUGGUCCGCCGGUCUUCAGCCAGCCGCUCCAUUGGCCGUCGAAGCAGUUUCACCAGCACUAUACACGGUGACGAGAGCGUAAGCACCCACCCACUCGAGUCCAGUACAGGAAUGCUAGGCGAGGAGGCUACACCUAGCGAGAUUGAUGAACAGACGAGGAAUCGUGUCCACGAGCAGAUUGAGCGUAUGGCGAGGCGCGAUUCUGUCGCUGCAUAUGAGGAUGAAUUAGGGGCUGGGGCCGACGAAUCAGAAUGAUCUGACGUAACAUGGUGUGUUUUGGAAACCGGAGUUGGCUGAAUUCGUCGAUAUUUUAUUUGUUUAUUUAUCUAUAUAUUCGUUGAAUUCAUAGAGUUUUUGUGUAAAGGUGAAAUUUGCCGCGUUGACCUAUACUUGGGACUCCCUAAUCGCAAAACUGACACGGUCGAUUCAUACUAAGAGAGUUCCUAUAACAAGUCUAAACCUCUUGCUGGGCUACACGGCAAUGUGCUCAUAAAUUGUUAAGCGACAUGGCAGCAGCGUCACGGUUCGCAAGGUAUCCAAUGAAUCAGUUAGCCUCCUCUUCGUGAUCCUGAAAUGGCCACUGCUCCUGAACACAUCGCUCUUCCUCUAGGGUAUCAGAACCAUCCAGCAAAACCUGCAUUAGCUCCAUAUUCUUCUUGAUAGCGUCUUCAAAAGCCUCGGUCCUAACCCACCCAUCAUCGCUCAUGCCCUGUAACUCUGACUUCCAGUACUCAACGAGGCCGUUCAUCUGAAACCAAGUCAGUUCCUGCUCAUUGUGCAUUUCAACUUCAGAUUAAGUGAAAGAUAUGGGGCAUGGAACAUGGUUUGGAAGUUCUGCAUUGUAAUGGUCCCAGUUCUCAGUUCUGUGAAUUAGAGCCCCCUUUAGGCUGAAAAUGUCUCCACUCCACUGUUUCUCCAUUCUUUCGACGAGGUGUUGUGUUAGGAGAACACAGGCAUCUCUCAUUCCUGUCAGGUGCUGUUUGUUCAGGCCGCCAUUAAACACCAUGUAAAGAUAAAAUAGAACUCUGCGCCUGUGGAGUUCAUCAACAUGAGAUUUUUCCUCCGGACUAAGUGAGUGAUAGUUAUCAGGGAGGACAGGUUUCUCGAGUGUUUUUGGUGGAGGGUCAUCAGGGCUUUGGAGCAUUGGAGGGUGUCCUGUAGCGAGUAGAAGUGGGAGCAAAGCCGCAUGUUGCCAAUCUAUGAUGCAAGAAAUUUUGUGGGUUUCCGGACAAAUGAAUAUAUUCCCGGGUGUAAGAUCUGAACGUAAUCAAUACUGUAGUUCUGGUAACGUGGUGGAAGGAGUUUCCUUACCUGGGUGGCGCAAUGUCGGACGACUCAAUUCAUUAUGGGAGUCAUCCCCUAGUAGGUACGGAGCUAGAGCCUUGUACUGGCUCAGAAGUCGGAGGUGAUCAUUUAGGGAAUUGAUGCCAUCAAAAUUGACAGGUGGAAAUCGGACUGGACUUGGUUUGCCAUAUAUUUUCGUCCACUCAGAUUCCUUUUUUCCUAU